AUGGGGGGAGGCAGCCCCCGCCCCGUCCUGCUCGCUCCAGAGCCUGUCCCCGUGUGCCCCCCAUCCCCUGUCCCCCCGUUCCCCUGUCCUCCAGCCUCCACCUGCAGGAGGAGGUGGAACACGGCCCCUGGUCGGGCCCCUGCGAGGGGCAGCGGGCGGGACGUGGGGGCUGAGCCAUGCUGCCCCGAGAGGGCCGGGAGCGAGCACAGGAGGACGGGCAGGCCGAGGGGGCCGGGGGCUAGUGACCCAGCUCGGGAGGGGGCUAGUGACCCUGACCGGCCGCGCGAGGGGGGCCUGGGGCCAGGACACCUCUCUGGCGGGUCCAGUCGCCAUCUGCUGACCCCUGCCCUGGGCUCCCUGAGGGGCCAGGACGAAGGCGGUUCCCGAAGCCAAGAGGAGCGGAGAGAAGUCCGGGUGCCGGGGGCGCCGGCCGCCUUCCGUCUCGCAGGCUCUGCCCUGGCGCGGGGCGGACCCCGGAGCGGUGGGCUGAGCGCGGCCGGGACCCCGCGGUGCCCACCCUUGCGGGUGCAUCGCGCAUCGGUGGGGGCUGGCUGGGGAGCGGCGGGGGUCUCCCUCCGCACCCACUCCCCUCUGCGCUCGCAUCUGCGGGCCCCGCGGGAAUCCCCACUCCCAUCCUGCCCGCCCAUCUGCCCUCCUCCCCCGGCCAGGGCUGCGCGGGGGCUUCGCUGCUGCUGCCGCCGGGGGAGGGAGCGAGGGAGGGAGGCCAAGCACCCCCCGGACCCUGCUCGUCCCCAAAGGGGCGGCCGCGUCUGCGCCAUCCGAGGCUCCCCCGCCCUGCGCGCCUUCCCCUUUGCCUGCUCCCGACGCGCCCCAGACGCACCCCUCAGGUCCAGCCUGGGAGCCGCACCCGGGCUCCCCCGGGCACUUUCUGGGGGUCCCGGUCUCCUGUCCUCGGCUCCCACAACGGCCACGUCCAUUCCUGCCCGCAGUGGGAGGGGAGGGGCAGCCAGCAGCCAGGGUCUCUUUGGGGCUGGGGUCCCUCCGGGCGUCUGGGCAGGAGCCCCGGCCACGCCCCCUCUGUCGGACGACCCCGCCUUGGCGCCCAGGAGUCCCUCUCCUCCCCUUCCUCGCGGUGGAGGGACACCCCCGCCCUCGAGCCCACCUCCCCACGCUGGCUGCAUGGAGCCUGGCAGUGCCCUCCGGGGCCCCCGUCCUAGCCCUGUCGCCAGCCCCCUGCCAGCGGCCCCCUCAGCAGAGUCCACAGGACUGGGGGUGCCCCGGCCUGGCACGCUGAGGCAAAUGAGGUGGAAGGUCCUGGAGUGGACGAUGGGCCAGCUGGGCCGCACACAUCCCUCCCCAAGGUCAAGGGCAGCCUGCCUGGAGAAGUGUUCUCUCCCCGGUAGCCCGGUGACUGCGCUACUCUGUGUCCUCGGCCGCCAGCCGGGCAGUGCCGGCCUUCGGGGGGCCCUGGCCUCGGUGUCCACCCUGGCCCGGCCGCGGGAGGCCGGUGGUGCAGCGCGGGAGCCCCUUCCCCCCUCAGCCUGA